CAACACCACAAGUCCAUCACCACAUUCCGGCACACAAGACCAUGUGUUCGACCUUCUCUAAGCGUCACUAUGUCUGAACUAUCCAACGAACGUACUGUCUCCGAGAUCCUCUUCCGGACUUUCGCCCUCCGGAUCGUCGUUGCCCUGACCCAAUCAUCCCUCCUUGCUCUUCAAGGUCAGCACCCUCAGGGCCGCAGUUUCCAACAACAAAUCGCUCUUUACACGAUCCUACCUGUGACCGCAUUAGCCGACUAUAUAGCUCAAAUCAUCCAGUUCUUCGCCUCGCUCAAAUGGAAUCGCACCAGGCGAACGAUUCAAUUUGUAGUGCUCCAGCUCGCUGGAGUACGCAUCCGCAUCGACGGCGAGACCGGCGGGCAAACCUCCCAACUCGUGUCUCUUCGCGCCUGCGACUCACGUAAAAUCAUCCGGCAAUCUGUUCGCGCCUUCAAGCAGCCACAAAAGGUCCGCUUGGAACGCCUAGGCCAAAUCCUCGCCGCUGCGGCGUCGUUCGUAGGCUGCCUAUUCGUUGUCAUUCUUGUCGUGCGCCGCAUCGUACUCGUAUUACACUCCUGGCUGCUUCUCGAUUUCUGGAACGGACUGGCAGCAUUAAAUGGCUGCAUUGCAGCCUUCCAUGUCAUUCUCAUUUUGAUGUUCGGCCCGGCACUAGAGACGUGGACGUACCCACCGGAAGCCGCACUGCGUGUAUCGCGGAAGCCCACCAAUGGCCUGGGCAUUCCAACAUUGCUUAUGAUAUCUUAUCCUGCAAACGCGUUGUUCUUCAAUUUCUUUCAUGUCUUCCAUCAUCGUUUGCUCGCGAUGAUCCGAGGGCUGCUGUGGGCAUUGCUAUUGCCAAUCAGCUCGCGCAAACCGUACUUUGAGGGCUUCACGCCGCUGCUGUUCGUGGCGCUCUGUGUUGGAACGUGGCAUAUUGAUUGGAUUCGCAAGUCAAAGACGCCGCUAAUAUGGGUGUAUUGGGCGGCAUUCGGUUUGAUGGUGUUCAAUGAUUUGUGGCUGAUAUAUGGAUGUAUCUCGGAUGAGGUGUACCACGCAAGGGAAGGCUAUCCGGGCGAAACCUUCCACAACUGGAUUUGGGUUGACGAAAUGAGACCUUACAUGCUCGUGUAUUGAAGAUAGGUUCGAUGGAGCUGCGAGAACGAGUAGGUGCUGGGCAUCUUAAGGUGUAUUGGACGGCGCACUCGGACAAAAAGUUUUGGAGCUACUGCUCUUCUCAUUCUGUAUAUAUAGUUCCGCUGUUGCAUAAAAACAUGUAGACCAAACACAUCCUACCAGC